UUUGGGUUGAUAGGCUUGUCAAUAGAGUUGCCCAUGCUCUUGCGAGCGAUUGGUUGUCUCAUGAUAGUUACUGUUUAUGGGUGGAGCCUCCUAGUUCCUGUUUCUGUAUUAUUCAGGAAGAGUUGCUUUGAUUAAUAAUAUUUUUCUCUAAAUAAAUUUCCCUGCUUUACUCCUUCCAAUCACAACUAAUCACAACUCGCGACCUCGCCUUUUUCUGCAUUCCUCUAAACUAUUCUCUCUGUCUCUCUGUCUAACCCAAAAAACAAAAGAAGCCCCAUAAACCCAGAAACCCCACUGCCCCAUUCCUAGCUCGCCGGAAUCUCAUGAAGCGCUAAAAGUUAACUCCGAGAGCCCUUCAAGCUCUCUAAUUUUUUCCUCUUUUUCCGUAAGGUGAUAGAAAGGCAGGGAGAGAUUGUUCUUAUAUAUAUCGACAAAUGUACGUGGUGCCGCCAUCUCAUCGAUCCGAUCUGGGAUCAGCUGGCGGCGGGUCUGGUGAUUUACGGGUCUAUCAAACUUGGAAAGGCAGUAAUAUAUUUUUUCUUCAAGGAAGAUUUAUAUUUGGACCAGAUGUAAGAUCACUUGCACUGACUAUAUUCCUGAUUGUUGCUCCAGUUGCAGUUUUCUGCGUCUUUGUUGCUAGAAAACUGUCGGAUGAUUUUUCUGAUCACUUGGAAAUAUCAAUAAUGGUUGUUGCUGUUGUAUUCACUGUAUAUGUUUUAGUUCUUCUCCUGCUAACUUCUGGAAGAGAUCCUGGCAUAAUUCCCCGCAAUGCACAUCCUCCUGAACCAGAAGGCUUUGAUGGAACUGCAGAUGUUGGUGCUGGCCAAACUCCACAGUUACGUUUGCCACGCAUUAAGGAGGUAGAGGUCAAUGGAGCAACUGUGAAGAUUAAGUACUGUGAUACUUGCAUGCUUUACAGGCCACCUCGCUGUUCACACUGUUCAAUAUGCAACAACUGUGUAGAACGAUUUGACCAUCACUGUCCUUGGGUUGGGCAAUGUAUUGGGUUGAGAAAUUAUCGAUUCUUCUUCAUGUUUGUCUUCUCAGCAACCCUUCUUUGUAUAUAUGUUUUUGCAUUCUGCUGGGUCUACAUUAGGAGGAUCAUGGUAUCAGAGCACACAUCAAUUUGGAAAGCAAUGAUCAAAACUCCUGCCUCCAUUGUUCUAAUAGUUUACACUUUCAUAUCAAUGUGGUUUGUUGGUGGCCUUACUGCCUUCCAUUUAUAUCUCAUUAGUACUAAUCAGACUACUUACGAGAAUUUUAGAUACCGAUAUGAUUGGAGAGCAAAUCCUUAUAAUAAAGGCGUGGUAGAGAACUUUAGAGAAAUCUUUUGCUCCAGUAUUCCUCUGUCCAAGAAUGAUUUCAGGGUAAAGGUACCAAGGGAACCUGCAUUACCAACUCGACCAAUUGGUGGAGGUUUCAUGAGUCCUAAUAUGGGGAAAGCUGUGGAUGACAUAGAAAUGGGAAGGAAAACGGUUUGGGGAGAUAUGGGUGCUAUGGCUGAUCAUGGUGAAGGGCAAUUCACAAACAAUGAUCGCAUGAACAUAAAGGAUGGUGAAUUAAGUGAAGUAUCCCCAGAUGUAAUGACUGCAGUGAAGGAAGGGAACCGUGGUGGAAUACAUCCAAGAAGAUCUAGCUGGGGAAGAGAAAGCAGAAGCUGGGACAUGUCACCUGAAGUUCUUGCUUUGGCAGCCAGAGUAGGCGAACCAAACCGUGUGGGUGUGAGUAGCAGUGGUAGCUUGACAACUGAGAACUGAGUUUCGUAGCCAGAAGCUUGUCUUACAACCAACCCAGGGGAUGGGAGAAGAUUUGAUCUGUUGAGUACUAGGUGGGACCAUUUGAGUUCAUGCUUAAUCAUUCAGCGUUCCAAACUAUGUUAUGUUCAGUAUCGGGUAACCUUUUUGGUAGUGUUUGGAGGCGUUGGUUUGGCCAUUUUUCUUUUAGGGGGUUGUGAUGGAAUGGGGGACUGCUGUAUGAGUGAGAUUGCUUCUCCUUUUUUCAUUUUCUUUUUUUUUUUUUUGGUUUGUAUGUGGAAUUAAUUAGCAUCUAAUUUUAUUUUAUUCCACUUGUGUAAUCAGUCACUAUUGUUUUGGCUCUUUCUGUGUGACCCUCUCUCAAGUAGGGGGACGGAAAAUUUGACUGCAACGUUGGACGCCGGAUGGUGCCACCCUUCUGACUGCGAAUUAAGUUGCCUUUGGGUUGGUGGAUCCAGGGGAUUAGUGAGUGGGUCAUAUAGACCUAAACCUGGCCAUGCCAUCAUUAUUUGCACAGCAACUCUCUUUGUGGCAGCUUCUCUUACUUUUGUUCUUUUUAUUAGUUUGCCCUUUUAAGUAUGUUUUUGAUUCUCAGUUUUCCUACCAUUGUGCCAAUAUGGUAAAUCCUUUUUGCCGAAGCAUUUCAAAGCCUUUUCAGGAGUGUUCUACAUGGUGUUCAAGAGAUGGAUUUAGUGAAACUAUCUAACCCCGGUGGAACUUUCCCAAGUCUUUGACUGAAUUGCUAUUGGGUGUAGUCUUCAGAGUCGUCUGUCCUUCCUGGUGCUGGUGGAUGCGAGUGGUCCAAAUGGAAGGCUUGUUUUACAGGCUUUUAGUUUUAGGUUCAUGCGCUGAAUGUACUUGGCUUUGUCCUUUGUUGAGGUUUGCGCUGUGAUGUAUUCUAGAGUUCUUGCGUAUCGUGGAACUUCAACAAUACAAAUUGUCUGAACAUGAUUCUUGCUAUUGCCUUUUUAUUUUCCUA